AUGCUGACGGGGGCGCUUGCAACGCGCGCGCUGCUUGCGUCCUGGCCGCUGCCGCCGCAUCCGUUUUAUCGGGUUCAUCUAGUCUUCCUGGGCCCGUUUAACAAUCAAAUGUUUUUAAUAGCUGUAGAUGCCUAUACAUUUAAAAUUCUAUUUAUUUUACCUUACAAUGGAACCAGUCACCACAUUUAUUACACGCCGUUAAUCGAGGAACUGGCAAAAAGAAAUCACGAAGUGACCGUAGUGAAUUAUUUACCGAUGGAGAAUACAACAAAUAUAAAGCAAAUUUCACUAAGAGAUAGAGUAAAUGUUAAUAGUAGAAAAGUGAUAAUGAAGCAGUAUUAUCAAAACCUUCCAACUUACCUGAGUGAUGUUUUCUUAUUAACUGAAAACGUGCACGCUCAACAGGAAGUGGCUAGGUUUAACUGCGAAAAGAUAUUCUCUAACAAUGAAAUACUAAAACUGAUCAAACAUGAAGAGAAGUUCGAUGUUUUCGUACUGGAACAGUUUUACAGUGAUUGUGGACUCGCUUGGGCGAAUAAAUUGGGUGUCCCUAUUAUAGGCAUAACUGCCCAUAUUUUAAUGCCUUGGACUUAUACUAGAUUGGGUGCGCCAAGUAAUCCAGCAUUUGUUCCAAGUCGCAUUGGUAAAAACGGAUUGUGGGCGAGGAUAAAAACAGUGUUUCUGAAUAUAUACUCAAUGUUCUUUUAUCGGCAUUACAUUCAGAAGACUGACCAGACUAUUGCGUCACGUGUGCUCCCUAAUACGCCUGAUUUGGAAAAUAUUGCCAAAAAUUUGUCUCUAGUAAUGAUCAACCAAUACUUCCCGCUGACCGGCUCUCGUAUUUACGCAUCAAAUGUUGUUGAAAUUGGUGGUAUGCAUAUUAAACAGCACGGAAUUACGGACGAGAUGUUAUUACAAUUUAUAGAAAGUGCACAACAUGGAAUCGUUUACAUUAGUUUUGGCAGUGUGGCAUGUGGCUUGUCGGACUAUAAGAUAGAAGCAAUUCUUAAGGUAGUAUCAAAAUUUAAGCAGAAGUUUCUUUGGAAGGCAGAUAACGUUGUCAAGACAAUUUUACCACCAAAUUUGAUGAUUCGAUAUUGGAUCCCCCAAGUCGACGUGCUAUGUCACGUCAAUGUCAAAGCUUUUGUGACUCAUGCGGGAAUGUUAAGUUCAACCGAAGCUAUGCACUGUGGAGUUCCUGUGAUCAGUAUUCCCAUCUUUGGAGAUCAGUUUGCCAAUGCUCAAUCGACGAGGGAAAAUGGUCUUGGAGUCACUCUUGAUUACAUGGACUUAGACGAGAGUACGUUAGGAAUUGCGUUAGAUGAAGUUCUUCAAGACAAAUACCAAACCCGAGCGAAAUAUUUAUCGUCUAUUUGGCGUGAUCGACCAGUUUCGCCUUUAGAUACUGCAGUGUUUUGGGUAGAGUAUGUAGCUCGACAUCGUGGCGCUCUAAAUCUUCGACCACCUACCGUGAAUUUACCCUUGUACCAGUACUUACUGUUAGAUGUGUGGCUUAUUAUAGCAGCCAUUUUGACAUUAGUCUCCUACAUUUUUAUUAAAUUGUUGUCAUUUUGUUUAAAUAUGUAUUGUGGGAGAAUAAAAAAGGUUAAUUGA